AUGACACUGGGUGCAGUUGCCGCUACUUGGCUACUACUAUCGUCUUUGAAGCGCGAUAGCAGUAAAGAAGGCUUAAAGGAGAUACCGACGCCUAAAGGAGCGAUACCUUACUUCGGACACCUAUUUUCUCUCGGCGAAGUACCAGUUUUGCAAUUCAACAAGUGGCAUAAGGAGCUCGGUACUAUCAUUAGGGUUCGGAUGGGAGUCAAGGAGUGGGUCUCCAUCAGCGAUCCACAUCUAGCACACCAGGUUCUCGGUGUUAACACCACGAUCACUGCGGCACGACCUCAUACAACUUUUCUUUGCGACUUUCAUGCUCUUAAAGAUAAAGGUAUAUCUGGCGCGAAUCCGUCAUCACAAUGGAAAAAGACACGGUCAGCAACUAUCUCUAUUUUGUCACCGAGAAACCGAGAUCAGCUGGAGAAGCUACAUGGACCUGAGGCCGAGCUACUGAUAGAGCAUCUCGUCAACGCUACUGUUAAGGAUGGAUCAGUGGCCGUCGCAGAUCCGCUUCAUUUCGCAUCGCUGAACGUCGUGUUCACAACUUGUUUCGGACGUCGAGCUGAGUCAACCGAGGACCCUCUCUUUAAAGAAGUCAGUUUUCUUAUGAACCAGACGGGAAAGCGGUCGUCCCCAGCCGAGGAAAUUAGCACAUUCUUGCCCAUUAUGACUAUUCUAGAUAUCAUAUUCCGAAGAAAGCAGGAUAUGCGCAAGUUCAUCUAUGAGAAAAGGAAUCCCGCGUUCAGACGAUAUAUACAAGAUGCAGUCGACAGUGGUGUUGAAUGUUUUGCAAAAGCAAUGCUGGAAACGAAAGGAAUCGAUGAUUAUGAUAAUGUCAUUGUUACUAUGGCUGACGCUAUUAUUGCAGGCACAGACACCACAGCGGUUUCGCUGGAAUGGUCAAUGAAUAUUCUUUGUCGUUAUCCAGAGGUUCAAAAACGAAUGCGCGAUGAGAUAGACCAAUUCAUUCACACCCAUGGAAGACUCCCAACUUUUGAAGAUCGAGACAGCGUACCGUAUUCAGUGUCUGUACAAAAGGAAUGCAUGCGCUACCGACCAAUAACCUUCUUCGGUCUGCCUCAUGAAGCGAGUCAAGAUAUUGUAGCCAAUGGUUAUCUUAUACCCAAGGGAGCAAGUAUUGUGUGUGAUAUGUAUAGCCUCCAUCGGAACGAAGAGUUUUACCCUGAUGCAGAAAAAUUCAAGCCGGAGCGUUAUCUUGGCGAUCGCAAACCAAUGUAUACGUCGGCCAAUAUGCCUGCGAAUGUACGCGAUCACUUUAAUUUUGGUUGGGGAAGGAGGGUGUGUCCCGGCGCGUAUCUGGCUGAACUACAAAUAUUUAAUGUGUGGGUCAGAUUGUACGCAAAAUGCAUUAUUGAGCCGCCUGUAGAUGGAGAUGGGAAGCCCAAGUACCCAGACAUCGAAAACGUCUUUAAUGCAGGUAUCACCAUGAAGCCAUAUAAGUCUGCAUUGCGUGUCAUUAAACGUUCUGAUGCGUUGAUUUAA